AAUAUUUUAGUCCUAAGCUCAAAUUGUACGCAAUCAUAAAUUAUGGGUAAUUAAUGAAUUAAUUGUAGAUGUCGGUAGUCUGAAUAAAAGUUAUAAUAGGAAUCGUUUUGAAGCUGCGAGAAUCUCUUUCGUACUGUCGAUAUUUUUAACGUCGGGUCAUGACAACUUGUGAUACUGAUUUUAUUGCGUUUGUGCUCUAUUAUUGUGAAGACCGAAUUGUCGGGACAAACGGGGAGGCGAUUAACCGAAAAAUUAUUUAACAUCACACGAAAAAUCACGCAUCGUUCGAGAGUUUUAGUGUUGAACGAGAGGUUAUGCAGUGACGUGGUAACCCUCAAUUCCUUCUAAUUUAUUGCUGGCGACAACUCCAAUCGAACUGAAAUGAUCUUCGGAAUUCGUAAUUCAUCGGGAUGACGGACAGUUGACUCUAUUCCAAGGGAUUUCUUCUCUACUAUCAAAUCGUUUACUACACAAGGAGAGGCUUUUGAAGAUUCAUGAUUCUUUGUCGAAAUUUGAGGAGAUGGAUUUUUAAGUCGCGGAUCUGCACAGAAUACAACCAUCAGCAGGAACAGCAGCACAUAAGCUCCUCCCGAAGUCAUAAUUGACAUUAUUUUCCAUACAUAAUGUGCCAAAUCGGAGUACCAAAAUGCUGGAGCUUCCAACUCUUUUGGAAGCUCUACUUUUGGCACUAUUUUCUGUCCCCAUAUAAAUUCGUACAGCCAAUCUGCAAUGUUGAUCGAAAAUUUUCUUUAUUCGAAAAAACAUUACGAACUUGUAAUGAAUAUUUUUUCAAUCUUCUGGAGGGAUCUAAAUCCAAUCAUAUUGAAAUGUCAAUUGAAAUAUUCAGAUAUAAAUAUUCACACAUUUUUACUAAUUGCUCUUACUCAUCAGUAACUACAAUUAGUACAAACAUAUUCUUCUCCAACUCUUGUAUGGGAAAAAUACGUUUUAAUGUCUUUUUGAUCUCUCACCUCUAGUAAACGAUUUUUCAGAGUGCAAUAAAUCGACGAUACAAAGAACAGCCCACAAUCCAAUUCCGAGGCACAUGAGUACUCUCCACCGAAUAUAUCUCGAUGGUUUCUCAUGUUGGACGUUGUCUGGCUUUGACGUGGUUAGGCCGACAACAUUUUCAAUCAACUCGUUCGUGGGUCCAGACUCCAAGUUCGAUGAGAUCUCUUCCGUGCGAUGGACACAUUCUCGACUUCUUCGUUAUCCUCGUCGUCGAGCUCAGUUACGAUUCAUUUCAAACGAUGAGAAGCUAUACUUCCGAAGAUUUUUGGGAAUGAACCUUGGCUCGUUUAUCUCAAGACUCCAAAAGGUUAACAACCAAGUAAUGACCAUCUCCAGUCUUCUCUCGAUUCAAGACAUGUCGGAGAAAAGAGGAAAACGGUGCUGCUGUAAACAUCAUUUACCAACCUCGAUAUCACGCUCCACCGGCAAAUGCAACGAAUCUCGAGAGAAAAAAAAAUCUCGUUGCUCGUGUCGACCACGUCCCAAGAUUUGUACCUGUCCUCGUACUCCAGAUGAUGAAGCGAAGACCAAUCGAAAAUCGAAGGAAUCAGAAAUCGAAGUUAGCUUGUCGCGACGAUCGGAUGAAUCGCCUCAUCGAGAGAGGCCGAUAGAAAUACUUCGACACGAUAUUUAUCACGAGAAUGAAUAUUCGAUCGUGAAGCUCCACGAGAAUCCAAGAGAAGUAACACGGGAUAGAACUCGCGAUGGAACUUUGGAGAUUUCUGGUCUGGACGAUCGGCCUGAAAAAAUCGACGCGUUGUCAUUGACAAUAGCUUCGCAGACUCAAAGUAUUGGAAUCGACGGUGAAAUUUUAGAUCUCGAUAAAUCGAAUGAAGAAAAGAAGAAUAUAGAGAAAAUGUACAAGGAAUUGGAGCAGCAAAAUGCAGAGUUAGCAGAACGAUUGAAAAAUAUGGAUUGCAGUUUAAAUUGUUUGAAAUCCGAAGGUGAAAAAGAGGCAGCGUGUUUGAAAGAUGCCCUCGAAAAAGCGAAAAAAGAAGCUCAUUUAGCCUCGCGCUCCAGAGAUCUCGCUAUGGAUCUUGCUAAACAGUCGAGAGAUCAAACGGACGUGAUCAAAGCAAGCAGAGAUGCAAUCGCUGAUGAAGUAAACGCCGUCAAAUGCAACAACACAAAACUUCAGUGCGAAUGUGAACAGCUGCGGUGCAAAUUGAAAGAAAUUAAACGUAAAGAAGACAAAAAGUGCACGGACGUUGAUGACAAAGUUUGUAGAAUCAAAUCCACCGCAAAGCAGAAAGAAAUGGCGUUGGAGACGACCGUUUGUGAAUUGAGAAAUGAAGUGAAAAUGCAGAGAAAACGGAUAUGCGAUUUGACGUUAAUAUGUACAAAGCAACGAGAUUUACUUCGUGAGAACGAGAAUUGUAUAUCAACGAAAAUUGCUCAGUUGACCGAGGCUGAAAACAAGAUUCAAUCCGUCAACUGUAAAUGUAGACAAAUGCAGGAACAAAUAGACAAUCUUCAGUGCCGAUUGAACGAGGAAAUGGGCGAACGAGAAAAUUUGGAAAGACAGUUGGACGAACGUCAGGACAGUUGCAAUUGCGAGAUUCAGAUUAAGAAUAAAAUAAUCGAGGACCAGAUAGAAACGAUAAAGAAACUGAAAACGUUAUUACAAGAUAGUGAAAGGAUGGCGCACGAAGCAGCGUGCGAAUUCGAAUCUUUGAGGGAUGAAUUGCACUGUUUAAAACAAACGAACAAAUCCUUGAGAAUGGCGCUGGACGAAGCUGAGGAAGAAACGACUGACGAGAACGAUUCUUGUGAUCGAUGUAACAUUCUUGAAACGGAGAUACGGACGUUGGAGGAACAAAAGCAUAAAGCAGUAUUGGCUGCAAAGUUCGCUGCGGCCGAGCUGUGUAAAAUAACUGCGGAAUACGAACGUAAGAUUGAUUGUGAAAAACAACGCAACGCAUUUGUUAACGAAAUUGUGCAACGACAGCAAGUUGAGAUACAAUUGUUGAGGAAAGAAAUACUCUGUGUUAAAGAAUUCCGAAGUCGGAGAUCUAACGUUUGUAUUGAUCGUCAAUGAAAUAAAACUGCAAAAUUGUUCAAAAUUUAA